AUUCGACAGGUAAUUGAUAAACAUCCUUGAGGUAUUCUCUUACAGUGUUGUUCAUGUUGUCAAAAUUUGUUACCGAGUGACUGAAAGGGCAAUUUUUUGGAUGUAAUUUGCGUGACAGCACAUGGAGACGAUUUAUGCAUGGGUACGUCUCUGAAAAAUCUAAGAUGUUUAAUUAUCGCCAUAGUUGGCGUCUCUUUCAUGAGUACCAUGGCGAUGUUUUUCUACUCUUCAAACUUCUGGAGGGGAACGAAAGUGAGUGAGAAAGAUGAGCAAGAGGGCAAGGAAGACACUCAAAAAUGGUUUACUACUACAGAUCAAGCUUACUACUCGGCGUUUAUUGGUGAUUCCCUCAAAGGGCCGUCGACACCCUCCGACGGUAUCAAAGAAUAUUUACCUCGAGUAAAUUUGUCCCUCAAGCAUUCAACACAGAUGCCCACUGUUAACGUUUCAGUUGCAACUAGCACUGAUACUGCUGAAAGUCUACCUACUGAACGGAUUGAAGAUAACGAAGCUCGGCAAAAAGGUAGUUCAAAUAUAAACGUAAGUGAAGCAAGGAAGACUGUUGAUGCAAGUCGUGAGAGCGAUUCAACGUAUCACGAAGAACCUGCGUUCUGCCCAAAAGUUUCACAGAUUCAUGAAGGUGCUUUGAUUGUAAAUGUAACACAAGUUAGAAUGACUGAUGUUGAAAAGGACAUGUCUAGUUGGGUCAGUGAGGGAGGUUGCUGGAAACCUUCGAAGUGUAAAGCCAGGGUUAAGAUGUCCCUCAUUAUUCCAUACCGCAAUCGUUAUGAGCAACUGUCUAUCCUAGCGAGACAUAUACACCCCAUGCUAAAGAAACAGAAUUUGGACUACAGAAUAAUUGUUGUAGAGCAGGCAGGAGAUACUCCAUUCAACCGAGCCAUAUUGUUCAAUAUUGGCUACCAAGAAGCACUCAAGUUUGAUGAUUACACAUGUUUUGUGUUUCAUGACGUUGAUUUAAUACCAGAGGAUUAUAGGAAUGAUUACGGCUGCUCCUCAUCGCCCAGGCAUUUGUCAGUUGCUGUGGAUAAAUUCAAUUAUAGGCUGCCGUAUCCGACCAUUUUUGGAGGUGCUGGGUCCUUUACAAAGGACGACUUUCAACUUAUCAAUGGUUUUUCCAACCAGUUUUGGGGAUGGGGAGGAGAGGACGACGAUCUGUACAACAGAAUAACUGCCGUGGGUCUUACAUUGACUCGACCAUCCAUGAUAGUGGGAAGGUAUAAAAUGCUUAAGGCAUUUCAUCGUCGCAGUACAAAUGGUGACCCAAUUCGCCACCAUAAACUGCAAACUUCGGUUUACCGCAUGAGAUCCGACGGCCUCAACUCUCUUAAUUACACUGUGGAGCAAUUGACAGAGCAUCCCCUCUACACUUUGGUAAAGGUUGACGUGAAAGACGCUUUGGCUGAAUACCACAGGUUAUAUGGCAUAGAAGAUCACAACACGUAAUUAUUAACAAGUCUCUGGGUAGCUUGUGAGAUAAUUAA